CUCUCUGUGGCUUCCACUAACAUACGCCAUGGACGCCGUUUAAGCAUCCUUAUCAACAAUUUUCUCCCAUCAAAUCCCAAAACUACCCCCUUCUGGUUUCCGCUAACUUGCACCAUGGGCGCCGUUUAAGCACCCUUCUCAACAAUCUUCUCCCAAAAUCCCAAUACUACUCUCUCUCUCUACAAUGUCUUCCCAAAGAGUCGAUGAUUUCUGGGCAGAAAUCGCAGCUCCCGAAGAAGAUCGGAACCAAAUCGGUAUAAUUUACAGAAGAAGACGCCCCGAGAACAUCGCCAGAGACAUGCAAAUUGAUCGAGAUGAGAGAGGGAAUCGUUUGAGUCUAGCAGCAAGCAAGAGAAUUAGCUGGAAUCGCUCCCUUUCUACCAGAGGGAGGAAAAGUAUUGUCAUUUCAGCCGGCACGCAAUACAGGCCUCAACCAGAACAAAGGGAAGCAAAAAAGAAACAAAGGCAGGCUUUUCUCAAUAAAAGAAUUGGACAGCAUCCCCCAGAUUUUAGAAAGGAAAAGGCAUAUUUUCAAGAGGUUGACUCCUAUGAGUUGAUGGAAGAAAGCCCCUCACCCAAGAACUUUCGUACAUGGGCAAUGGGAACCCAGAAUAUUCAAGUUAUACCAGACUUGUCCGCGAUUCUCGAGCGAUGGAUGAUCUCCAAGAAGCUCAAUUACAGUUGUGGGCCUUCUGGCUCACUUUUCAAGAUAUUGGAAACACCAAUGAUGCCCAUGAAUUCCAUUUUCAGCAAUGUUUCUGCCUCUUCAUAUGAGAAAACAACAGAAAAGACUUUGAAGAUCUCUUCAAACAGCAGUACAAGUUCCAAGGAUCAUAAUCGGGUCAACAGACAUAUGCACUCACAAGAAAGCAGCAUCUUUAAUGGGUUUGAUAUGCUUCACAUGAAUGAUGCAGGCAUGGUAAGAAACAGUAAGGAAGCUAAGGAAGUCUUGGCAGAGGGUGAUGCUGGUUCUGAAGAUCUAGGAGAAGUGGUUAAGAAGCUCUCUUUGACAUCAUUGGGUAGUGAUUACUUAGCAAAACUGUUAAUGGUUUGCGAGCAGUCCAUUCCUUCAAGACUAUCUGAUGUUUUCUCCCAGUAUUGUGACCUGAGUAAUAUAAUCAAGAUCGGUGAAGGGACUUAUGGAGAGGCCUUCAAGGCUGGUGCAACUGUCUGCAAAAUAGUGCCCAUUGAUGGAGAUUUACGAGUAAACGGAGAAGUACAAAAGACAUCAGCAGAACUGCUAGAGGAAGUCUUACUUUGCUGGACUCUAAACAGUUUAAGGGGACAGGAAGGCCAUGUUUCCAAUCAGAACACGUGCACUAACUUCAUCGAAACCAAAGAUGUGCGAGUGUGCCAGGGUGCCUACGAUGCUUCCCUCAUCAAAGCAUGGGAGGACUGGGAUGCAAAGCAUGGUUCAGAAAAUGACCAUCCAAAGGAAUUUCCAGAGAAACAGUGCUAUGUUGUGCUUGUUCUGGCAGAUGGUGGUAGAGACCUUGAAAGCUUUGUGCUUUUGAACUUUGACGAAGCACUGAGUUUAUUGGUGCAGGUUACAGCUGCCUUAGCUGUGGCAGAAGUCGCUUGUGAAUUCGAGCAUCGAGAUCUGCACUGGGGCAACAUUCUUUUAGCUCGCAAUGGAGCCACAACAGUAGAGUUCACACUUCAGGGAAGGCAAAUGCAGGCCAAAACCUUCGGAUUAUCAAUCUCGAUAAUUGACUUCACCCUUUCCCGAAUCAACACAGGGGAAGCUAUACUGUUUUUGGACCUAUCGGCUGACCCAGGACUGUUUGAGGGUCCAAAAGGCGAUCGACAGUCCGAAACAUACCGGAAGAUGAAAGAAGUAACAGAAGAGUGCUGGGAAAGCAGCUUCCCCAAGACGAAUGUGCUCUGGCUACAAUAUCUAGUUGACAUUUUGCUGCUGAAGAAAACAUUUAAACGGACCACGAAAAAUGAAAGAGAUCUCCGUUCAUUCAGGAAAAGCUUAAACUCAUAUGACUCAGCAAAAGAUGCAUUGUCUGAUGCUUUCUUCAGCGAAUUAUGGAUUGAUAAUGCAAUGUCAAAAGAUCUCUUUGAAUACGACGAGAAGUAGAAUGAAAACAGAAAGAUUAGGAAACCAGACUAAGUUAGCAUCAGCUAUCUUCCAAUGUCCUUUUGAAUUGAGUAUAUGGUUUCCUCCAUUGAGCAAUUUCUACAUGCA